AUGUUCAUUGUUGUAUCAUUGAGAAUUUUUGGUAUUACAGGCUACAAAGCAGAAGGUUGGAGGCAGGCCACUUCUUUCAGUCCCCAAUUUUAUACGGGCAUCUCGAAACAAUGUGUUUCUUGCCAUUCCCGACCUUAUGAGGUAGCAGAUGGAAGUAAAGGGAAGAAAGUGAUGAUUGAUGACGGUGUCGAUAUCCUUAAAGAGUUGGAGGCCAUCAGCAACCUAGAUGAUUUGAGCUAAGAUGCAUUUAACAUGUUUAGCAUUGAUGGAUGUGUUGCUGAUGAUGAUAGCCUGAACCACAGUUUAGAAACUAAUAAUGGAGAUGAUUACUUUCAAAAGGCACAUCAAAUACCUGCUUCAAAGUGGCUUUCAUGGGGUCACCAUGUUCACGAAGAAACCUAUGGAUUGGAGGUUUGGCUGCAUAAUUUUAUAAUCAAUCCAUUUUUUUGUUAUAUCCCAGUCAAUUUUUUAAAUUUAAUGUUGUUUGCUACUUUCAAUUAUUGAAAUUUAAUGUUAUAUUCCAGUCAAUUUUUGUUAUAUCCCAUUUUUUUAUAGCAUUCAUGCUAAGAUUUUGCUUUCAUUUUUCUAAAUACCACGUUUACAUACCAUUGUAUCAUAAAUUUUUU